CUCUUGCUUCCGAAGGCGAAGGCGCGCGGAGAACAAGGCAUUAACUUAGCGCCCUGGGACUCUAAGAGGCUCAGUGGACUUCUGCGCCUCUUAGAGUCUCCAGCUCUGGGAAGCGGUUUCCCCAGUUCAUCGCGGGAAUUGUGUCAGACUUUGUCGGUGUUGGGGUGGUAGGCAGAGGGACCAAGGCGGGCCCUCUAGGCUCCCGCAUCCCAGCAGGGUUAGCUGCGGACAGCGCACUCUUCUGUUGCGACUCCUCCCUCGCCAGACACUUCUCGGAAAUGGAGCAGUCACAGUGCGGCAGUAGAGACCGCAGCCGCAGCGGCCCGCUCCACCUGGCCCCGGGACUGCUGGUAGCGGCCCCUCCGCCCGCGUCCCCGGCGUUAGCGGUACCCCCGGGGAUACCUGGUCCUCCAACUUUCCUGCGCCCGUCCAGCCUCUUUCUGAGGGCAGCCUCCAGCGCGGGAAGUGGAGGUUGCCCGCCGCCUGCCGAACUGGAAAGGGGGGUGGGCGCUGUGGCCGGUGGCUACCCACGGACACCCAAAUGCGCCCGUUGUCGCAACCACGGAGUGGUGUCAGCCCUCAAGGGCCACAAGCGCUUCUGUCGCUGGCGGGACUGCGCGUGUGCCAAGUGCACCCUGAUCGCCGAGCGCCAGCGUGUCAUGGCCGCACAGGUGGCGCUGCGCAGACAGCAGGCCCAAGAGGAGAGCGAGGCUCGGGGGCUGCAAAGGCUUCUGUACCCUGGACCCUCAGGGCCAGGGGGUCGGUCAUCCGGAGGCAGCAGCAGAACGGAGACUUCCCAGACGACCUCAAGCGGCCCUGCAACGGUGCCUGCUCUGGGACUGAGUGCCCCGAGACCGGCUAGUGGUCUGGCGACCCCUGUUUUCGAAAUUUUCCAGCCAGAUUAUAUAGAGGAAAAACAAGGACAAAAGGAGAGUAAAUGUGACUCCUGCCAGAGUGGACAAGAAGAACUGGAGUCUAAAUCCCAUCAGUUUACCCUGAGAUCAUCUCCUAAGUCUAAUGAUGUUGCUGGAAAACAAAACAUCAGGUCAUCUAUUUCAGAAAACCCAAACAAGGAUGAUAGCAUUCAGUCUCUUCAUCCUGGGGAGCAGUCAGGAGGGGAAGAGAGUCCCAGGUCCCUGUCAUCUUCUGAUUUGGAAUCAGGAAAUGAAAGUGAGUGGGCCAAAGACUUCACUGAUUCUACAGCCAGCCAUCCCACUGUGUCCUCUAGACCAAGAGACCCUCUUGAUAUCCUUACCAAGAUUUUCCCAAGUUACAGACGCAGCAGGCUAGAAGGCAUUCUGCAGCUCUGCAAAGGGGAUGUGGUCCAAGCUAUUGAAGAGAUCCUAAAUGGAAAAGAACAGAAACUGGACACCAGGGACCUAGCAAAUUCAGGAGCAUUGGAAAACACGGCUUUUCCGAGAGUUUCGAAUUUUAGUUUAGCUGGGAUUGGUUUUGGAACUCUAGGAAAUAAAUCAGCUUUCUCUCCCCUUCACACUACUUCUGCUUCUUAUGGAGGUGAUUCAAGUCUCUACAGCUUAAAUCCUAGACUAGGUAUCAGUCCAUUUCGACUGGCAUAUUCCUCUCCAGGCAGAGCGCUGUCUGGUUUCAUGUCUCCCUAUCUGACUCCUGGGUUGGUACCAGCAUUGCCUUGUAGGCCAGCUUUGGAUUAUGCCUUUUCAGGAAUGAUUAGGGAUUCUUCUUACCUUCCCAUCAAAGACUCAGUAACUGGUGGCAGACUGUAUUCCAGGCCAAAUCAGAGCAACCUGUAAUGCAUCUGCCUACCUCCCUUUCUGGAGUAUUUCUAGAAGCAUGCACUAUAACCCACAUACCCACAUCUAUUAAUGUGUUCACUAUGUACGGGAAUGGAUUAUCAGUCUUUAAAAAUGCUAUUUUUUUUACAAGCAGUAUAAUAGAUUUGAGAUCUAAAGACUCUUCUUUAGCAUUUAUUAAGUGAAAGAAACAUUUAAACAUCAUAUGUGCCUUGAAUAAAACCAUUUCAGGAAAUAUUUUUACUUUAAUGAAUUUUCUUCCUAACAUAUCAGUUGUAAAUUCCUAAUUUAAAACUAUACUUGUUUUUAGUUCAUUGACAAAAUGGAGCAUAUAAUUAUAACAUACAUUAUGAAGCAGUCUAGCAUUAUAUAAAAUGAGCCGGAAGUAAGAAUUGAAAAGUUGAGGUAAUUCUAAAUAGUAUUCUAAACUUUUUUUCCUCCUUCUGCUUCUUGUACACAGGAGAGA